GCUGAUGAGUCCACAUGAACUAGUAAAAUAUUGCUUAUUAUAGUUCUAAGUAAUAUAUUUCAACUUAUGCUUCCCUUUUAUGAGAAAUCAUUUAGUCCUCAGUUGUUUUUUAUUCACGUAAAAUUUAUAUUUAAUUAAGGCAUCUUCAAAAUGAUUUCCUUCAGGAUCCAUAGUGUUCUGGUUCACACUGUUCUCUCACUGAUUUCCUCUCUUGCUUUUGGGAUACACAACGAGUUAAUCCAUUCAUUUGGAAAUGUGACAGGAAAAAUCACCUUCCGCCAAAUGGAUGGGAAUUCAACAUAUUUGCGGGAUAGUGGAGAGUUGGCAUCUUACACACCCACCAUGGUUUCAUUUGAGCUCUCUAACCUAAGACACAACUUACGCUCUGCGACUUUUAUAUACACAUGGGACUUGGGCAAUGGGGAAGUGCUUAAAGGUCCAGAGGCUUUUGUCCAGUGUUGCUACACGUCACCUGGAAACUACACAUUUAAAUUGAGCAUUGGAGCAAAUACAACCAAACAUUCCACAAUUUCUGGGCUGUAUUCUGUAGAUUUGACUGUGUUAGAUCCCAUAAAGAGCAUUGAAUUGAGAGGACCUUUAAAUUAUAACGUGGACCAAAGCAGCAGUCUUUCCUUUCAGGUUGGAGGAAGUCCUCCGGUUUGGCUGUGCUGGAGAGUUUUGCCUGAUUGCGUCUCUCCCAGUCCAACGUCCUGCAAUAUAGUCAGGCUCUAUUACAAUAAAUUCAAUUUGAACUACACCUUCAGAUCUGUAGGAACUUAUUGUCUAGACCUCAGCGUGAAAAAUGAUAUCAGCAGUCUCCAGACAUCCUACUACAUCUAUGUACAGAGCAGUCCUGUGAGUCACCUCAUCUUUAUUUUGCCCUGUGCUGUUGUGAUUUUUGCAACCCUCAUAUUCAUCUUUGUCUCGGUGUGUCGUCCACGGCAGGAAUCCCUCAUGUCUAAGGGAGUGGUGAAAGAUGUGAAUUAUCUCUCAUUCACAGACAUUGAGCUACAUGCAAAGGAUGCAAUCAUCCCCUGUACUGCUAUUCCAUCAUCUGCCUCUAAGAGCAGUGAAGCCCAGCCCCUUCUUUAGCAGGGACUUAUGGUCAACAUCCUGUACACAUAACACAUGAAGUGUUCCUUCAUAUUUGCCAGUCAUUGCAAUAUAGUGCUCCAUUAUCUAGCUAUUCACAUCUGAGAAGAUAGAAGGUCAGUCUUGACUCAACCCUCUGUGAAUCAACACAAUACAGAACCACUGAAAGCUUUUUAUUUUGCACAUCAGAUUCAUUCUCCUCUAUGUGAACUCAGUUAUGAUUCUCCUUCUAUUCCUUCUUUUGCUUUUUUUCUGACCAUUUUAGUCUAUAUUAAAAAAUUGUGUUUUAAGGUUAUACUUCAAAGAAGUUUCUAUUUAGUAAUGUGAAUUUUAGAAACUCUUUGAGUUUCUAAUGGAUCUAGGCAAUGAUUAUGAAUUUGGAUCAUUGCAUGCGAACUGAAAAAGAUGUCUUUCUAAAAAUUAUUACAAUAAUUAUUUUUAACUUGAACCUAUUGUACAACAAGCACUGCUGGCUUAAGUUUAGUUUGUGUGAAAGAUCAUAUUUGUUUUCUUGUGAUUUUGAGCAAGAGUCUCCUUGUCUAAGACCAAGAGCUCUUUCUCCGGAAAUGAGUCUGACCUGUAUGUUCCUGCUGUGAUGAUCAAUGCCAUUUGCCAUCUGCGCUGCAAGGUACCAGGGUAGUGUUGCACCAACUGUGCGAAAGGUUCACACUCUUGGCUUAGUAACUACCUGAUAUUUUGUAACUAAGUCAGUGCUUAAUUUGGUUGCAUCAACUGUUCUUAAUGCAAGACUUAAAUAGGUCGUAAGCUCUCCGUAAUGUGUUGUUGCAUAAUAUGAUGUUUAUUGUAUUGAUCCAAUAAGCAGCCUUCAAAUUUGGAAGACGGUGUUAACAAUCUGUGAAUUUCAGUUUGAUCCUGUUAUGGCUGAUGUUCAAACCUUGUUUGCUCAUUCAAAUGUCAGCUGUAAUUAUAAUUUAAUUAUAUCCCCACUUAAAUACAAAACUUAAUAAGACAAGAUUUCAUUGUUGGUAUAUUUAGCCUAUGAAAAGAACAAUAUUCAAUAAUUGUAUCCAGGGGCGAUUCUAGGGUCAGAGCUUUAGGGGUGCUGAGCACCCAAUGAGCCCCACUGCCACCACCCACCCUCU